UUCCUCUUCUCCUCUUCUAUUGCCCCAUAACAUAUUUUUAAAUCAGACUACAGCAGCAAUAAUAACAAUAAUAAUGGCAUUACAUUAUUCAAUCAUUUUCUUCCUGAUAUUUCUCAAAGCAAUCACAUACAUUGUCGCCAAGGACGAUCAAGACGAUGACGCCCUAUCGAUGAACAGCAACUACAGCGAAGAAAGUGACAACAAUAUUAAAAGGCACUCGACGAUGAAUACAGACGACACUGCUCCCAAUGAAGCAAAAGUAACAUAUCAAGCAGCUGCACCGCCACCAUGGUCUCUUGGCAUCUAUGUUGUAUCGUCAUAAUCAUACAGCAUCUAUUACACACUGCCAUCACUAUGUAGUAGUAGCUCCAUUCUACUAUGGUAUCCUCCACUCCACAAUCAUCGCACACCACACCUUCUUCGCAAACCACCCCAUGCAGUCACGUUUAUGUACAUAUUUGAGAAAAAUACCCAUCUGCGAAGAUCUUUAGUGUAUAAAAACAAUUUUCACG